AUGGCCAUCAUGACCAUGAUCAUCGUUUACCGUCAUGACCGUAAUCAUAGUGACCAUCAAGACCAUGAUCAUGUUGAUCACCAUGACCAAGAUCACGGUGACCAUCAUGUUCACGAUAAUGUUGACCAUCAUGACCCAGAUCAUGGAGACCAUCAUGAGCGUUACCAUGGUGACAUUUAUGCCCAUGAUCAAAGUGACCACCAUGACCAUGAUCAUGACCAUGAUCAUGUUGAUCACCAUGACCCAGAUCAUGGAGACCAUCAUGAGCGUCAUCAUGGUGACAUUUAUGACCGUGAUCAUAGUGAUCACCAUGACCACGAUCUGGGUGACUAUCAUGUUCAAGAUCAUGUUGAAUAUCGGAACCAUCGUGACCAUGAUCUUGACCAUGAUCAUGUUGAUCACCAUGACCAAAAUCACGGUGACCAUCAUUUCCACGAUAAUGUUGACCAUCAUGACCCACAUCAUGGAGACCAUCAUGAGGGUAAUCAUGGUGACAUUUAUGACCAUGAUCAAGGUGACCACCAUGACCAUGAUCAUUUUGACAUUCAUGACCAUGAUUAUAUUGACCAUCAUGACCACUAUCAUGGUGACCGUCACGUCCCCGAUUUUGUUGACAAUCAUGACCAUCAUGUUGACCAUCAUGACCAUGAUCAUGGUGACCAUCAGAAAAAUCGUGACCAUGAUCAUAGUGAUCAUCAUGACUAUGAUCAUUGUGACUAUCAGGAACAUCAUGAUCAUCGUGACCAUAAUGAUCCAGAUCAUGGAACAUCAUGA